CCCGUCGACGAUGGUUUACCAAAAUCCGCACUUUUAAUCCAAUCAAACAACAUCGAACAAAUAACAAAAAAAAAAAAAAAAACAGUACAAUACUGCAAAUAACAAUGCAUUUGCCCCAAGGAGCAUUAAGCUUUCUGUUCAUCACUUGCAUGAUGUUCGCACUGGCAGGCGGCCAUCCAUCAAGCGACAAGCUAAAGAUCCGCAUACACGUGCCCGUGAAGCACCACACACAUGUGCACACAAAGACGGUCAUUAAGAAGGUUCCGCUGCCCAUUCCGGUGCCGGUCAAGGAGCACCACCACGAGCCGAAGAAGCACCACAGCAGCCGGAGCCACCACCACCACAACCACGAGGACGACCAGGACGACGAUUUCGAGGGCUACGAGUAUCCCAUCAAGGCCAAGCGGCGGCGCACGCGGCAUCCCUUUGUCUAAGCCCGGGUACAAACCACCCAACAAACCACCCAACCAACCACCCAAACGCCCCCUCAGCGGGGGAAAUGAAAUCAAAUGAAAUACAAUUUACGCAGAU